CUCUGAGGGUCGGAGGGCGGCGCGGCGGGGAAGAGGAGUGCUGGGAGGGUCAGUCCGGCCAGCCCCCGGCCUCCGGCUCGGCCGCCCUCGCCCUUGGGAAUCCUUGGCUGCCCAGACGGAAGGGAAGUAGGCGCCGGAGAGCCCUCUCCGCAUUUUGAUUCAUCUCGGGCCCUGUAAGGGUCACAUCUUGUGAAAAUACCUGUAAAAUCAAUUUAACGUUCAGUGCAGCGUGUAAAGACAGCUCUAAGAAUUUAAAAGACGCCUGAGUCAGAACAUUUAAAUGCUUGGGUCCCUGUAGCAGCGUUUUAACACGUCUGAGUGCAGAGGGUGGAGAAUCGAGUCUGAUUGUCGCCUUCGUUCACGCCCUGUAACAUUUUAAAAGGGUAAAGAAAAGCACCCUAAGAAAACCCCAGUGGGCAGUUCCCCUAGGGAGGGAAGAACAGCUGACUUUUUUGAAAUUUGGAUUGGUCCUCAUUUCCGUCUGCGAAAUUUGCCUGCAGAACUUAGAUCAACAGAAUUGUUAAAACACUGAGUUUAACUAGUGGCUUUUGUUAACGAGUUGUGUUAUUAAUUCUUGAUGUCUCAUCCAAGGCAGGAUUUGUUAUCUCUUUUGCAGGCGAAGAAAGUUUGGCACCAAAAAGCAUUUCCCUUAACUUCACACAGCAGCAAAUGAAGUCCUAGCAUCUGGACUCCUCAUCUGUGUUCCUCUCUAGACCAUGUUACAAAAUAAAUGAGUAGUAGGGGCGCCUGGGUGGCUCAGUCAUUAAGCAUCCAACUCUUGAUCUUGGCUCAGGUCUUAGAUGAAAGGACAAGUUAAAGAAGUACAAGAAACUAUUGUGGAAUUUGAAAAUGGAGUUAUUUGACUAGGGAAAAAAAGCAGACAUUGACUCCCCACCCUCCCUUCCUCCAACUCACUCAUCACUGAGAUAAGAAUUUCAAGAAAAUCAGAUGGCAUCCGGGGAUUUCUGCUCACCUGGAGAAGGAAUGGAAAUACUCCAACAAGGGACAUCCCACGAAGUGUGCAGCAAACAGCUUCCUCCUUGUAACCUGAGUGAAAAGGACCUGUUACAAAACCCACACUUCAGCAAGCUGCUGCUGAGUCUCGCACAACACGUAGAUGAGAGUGGCUUAAGCCUCACCCUGGCAAAGGAGCAGGCUCAGGCAUGGAAGGAAGUUCGACUGCAUAAAACAACAUGGUUGAGGUCUGAGAUUUUACAGAGAGUCAUUCAAGAGCUGCUUGUAGACUACUAUGUGAAGACACAAGACACAAAUUUAACUUCUGAGGACAAAAAGUUUCACGAGACCCUUGAACAGCGGCUACUCGUGACUGAACUGAUGGGGCUGUUAGGGCCCAGCCGGGAGAAGGAAAUGCCUCCGCUGCUAGGGGUGGAGAAAGCCGACCUUCUGGAGCUCAUGCCCCCCUCAGAGGAUUUUGUGUGGAUGAGAGCUCGGCUCCCACUGGAAGUAGAGGAGCAGCUCAAGAAGAAAUGUUUCACCCUGCUGUGCUACCAUGACCCCAAUUCAGAUUCAGACAGUGAAACCUUGAAGGCGGCAAAGGUGUGGAAACUGGCAGAGAUCCUGGUGGGUGAGAAGCAGCAAUGCCAGGAUGCCAAGAGCCAGCAGCAGGAGCAGAUGGUGCUGCUGGAGAAGAAGAGUGCCACCUAUUCCCAGGUGCUUCUCCGCUGCCUAGCCUUGCUGCAGAGGCUUCUUCAAGAGCACCGGCUUAAGACUCAGUCUGAGCUGGACCGCAUCAAUGCUCAGUACCUAGAGAUCAAGUGCAGUGCCAUGAUCCUUAAGCUGAGGAUGGAGGAGCUAAAGAUCUUGUCUGACACUUACACUACUGAGAAAGUGGAAGUUCAUCGUCUCAUUAGGGACCGUUUGGAGGGGGCCAUCUGCCUACAAGAGCAGGACAUGGAGAAGUCCCGACAGGUCCUAAGCACCUAUGAGGUCCUUGGGGAGGAGUUUGACAGGCUGGUAAAAGAGUACACUCAACUCAAGCAGGCAACUGAGAACAAGCGCUGGGCCCUCCAAGAGUUUAACAAGGCCUGCCGCUGAGCGCUGGCUGGUGGGGGUCUGGAGGUGGACUUCUGCUCCGGUGCUGCCUCCCCCUCCUGCCAAAAGGACCACCUCCACCUGAGGCCCACCUUCACUCCGGAAGUGUGGGGACACUUGCUUGAAGCCCUGCAGUGGUUUAGGCACCGUCCUGGUUUUUCUUCCUUGUUUACAGUGACUGAGUCUCUUCUGGGAAAUGUAACAGAUUUAUAUAAUUUUAUGUGCAACUAUUUGUCAGUGUCAGCCCUAUAGGAUAUUUGAUUACCUCCUGAAUAAAGUGAUGAUGCUUCCUUUG